AUGGUGGGAAAACAAAGCAUGUUUGUUCGUGUUUUCUUGGAAGUGGAUUUAACCAAGCCUUUGAAGAGCCAGAAAAAAGAGCCGAGUCAUGUUUACCCUGUCAAAAUUUCUAACAAAAAUUAUCUCCAAGUGGAGAGACUAAGCAAUGAACCUAGUUUCUUCCCUAGGGACUUGGUGCUAGACGAGGAUGACCAUAGGAAUAUGCAAGAUGAUGUGAUCCUUGUGUUUCCUCAACCGAUUAUGGUUGAAGACAUCCAUAAGAAUGAGAAUGGUGAAGAGGUUGAGGAAGACAAUCUGCAGAAUAUUGAUGAAAAAGAGGUGGGCUGGACAGUGGUGUCGGGUCGCAAAGGGAAAGGUAAGGGAGCUAUGAGGGAUGGUAGAACCUUCAAAGAAGUGGCGAGAGGGAUUAGAAUUACUGAUGAGAGCUCUACUCCGAUUCCUAAAGUCUUUUUUAAGGAUGACAGGCCUAGUGGGAUUGAUAAGGGUAAGAAGGUGGUGUUGGAUCCGAGCCUUUCUCUGGAGGAGCAUAGCUCUUCUAAUGCUAAGGCUUUUAAGAGCCCUAAGAAGAGAGCCAGAGAGCUCUUUGAAGAAGCACCGGAGGAGUCAUAA